AUGUCUUGCAGCAGCAGCAGCAGCAGCAGCAGCAGGCAGAAGAGCAGCAGCAGCAGCAGCAGCAGCAGCAGCCAGAAGAGCAGCAGGAUAAUUCAGAGCUCUCUUAUUGAUUUUUUUGUAGGCUCGGGGGCCCCCAAGCGCCGCUCUUCGGGGGGCCCCCCGCAUUGUGAGGGUUUGAAGACCUCGGUAAUUGAUUUAACAGAAGACACAGACACCUCUUCUUCAGGGGGGCCCCCAGCAGCAGCAGCAGCAGCAGCAGCAGCAGCAGUGGGGGCCCCACCCUCGCAAGCUUUGCUGCCGCGCAGAAGACCUCUCCCUUGGGGGCCGCAACUUGGUGCAGCAGCAGCAGCAGCAGCUGCUGCUGCUGCUGCUGCAGCAACAGCAACAGAACAUGUAGCAGCAUCAGCAACAGCCACAGCAGCAGCAACAGCAGCAGCGGUAGUAGAUCCAGUUGCUGUUGCAUGCGCUGCAGCAGGCAUACCUUUAGGAAACCUCAGCAGCAGGGCGCUGCUAACGCUGCGGCUGCUGCUGCCUCUGCGGCUGUGUGUUGCUGCUGCUGCUGCGCUGCCUCAUUUGCUGCUGCCAGAGGAGCAGCAAUGCAUGCAUCGGCUAGGGAUUCUGUUGGGAGCCCCCACACAUGCACUAGCUGCAACAGCAGCAGCAGCAGCAGGGGCUGCUGCUGCUAGCCCUCCUGCUGCUGCUGCUUCUUCUUUUGCUGCCCCCGCUACUUCUGCUGCUGCUGCUGCUGCUGCUGCUGCUGCUGCUGCUACGCCCUUUGGCGCUGCAGCUGCUGUAGUGGAAAGGGACACAGGCGCAGCAGCAACAAUAACAGCAGCAGCAGCGACUUCAGCAGCAGCAGCAGCAACAACAGCAGCAUCAGCAGCAACAACAGCAGCAACAACCGCAGCAGGGAGCCCAGCAGCUGCAGAAACAGCUGCUCCGAGCACCGACACAAUACAAGGAGCAGCAGCAACAGCAGCAACAGCAACAGCAACAACAGCAGCAGCAGCAGAACCAGGGACAGCGCAUGCAGCAGCAGCAGGCACUGCUGCUGCCAAGGAAGAAGCAGCAAAGGAUGGGCCCCUAAGUGAAGGAGCUCAGCUGCUGCUGGCGAGGCUGCUGCUGCAUUUGCUGCGCCUCAGCUGCGCCCCCGCCCAGCCCCCUGCAGCGACACGCCGCAUCAGCAGCAGCAGCAGCAGCAGCAGCAGCAGCAGCAAUUCCUGGAUUCGGCUUCCUCUGCUGCUGCGGGUCUCUCGAGAGGUGCCGCAUGCUGCUGCUGCACUGCGGGAGCUGCAGCAGCGCAACCUGCUGCUGCUGUGGACGCCCCACACUCUCCCUCCUCCCAUAGCAGCAGCAACAGCAGCAGCAGCGGCAUCACCAGGAACAGCAGCAACAGCAGCAACAUUAACAGGAGCAGCACAUGUAGCAGCAAAAGGAACAGCUGCAGUGGCAACAGGAAGAGCAGCAGCAGCAGCAGCAGCAACAUGCGGCCGCUGCGCUGUAUGCGUUGAUGGUGUAUGUGCAUGCGCCUGGGCCUCCGCGCUGCAGUGUUUGUCUGCUGCUGAGGCACGAGCAGCAGCAGCAGCAGCAACUGCUGCUUUAGGGUCCCUCAAGGAGUCGUGGGGGCCCCCAAAGAAAGCGAAGACAAAAGCAGAUAUUAUCGGGUGGCUGCAGCAGCUAGCAGCAGGACACAAGCCCCAAGCUACCUGCAGCAGCAGCAGCAGCAGCAGCAGCAGCGGCAGCAGGCGCUUGGAGGAAUUCUUUGGGGCCCCCAAGGGCCCGAGUAGUCAAUCAGGUGCAGCAACAGCUGCUGCUGCUGCUGCAGUUCCUGUUGCAGUUGCUGCUGCUGUUCGCAGCUUACGCACAUACGUUAUUACGACCUGCUGCUGCUUGGGGCAGCUGCAGCAGCAGCAGCUGCUGCUGCACUCGCUGCGUCUUCUAUUUGUUGCAGUGCAUGCACCCCACGCAGCAGCACUUGGCCCCACAGCAGCAACAGCUCCUGGCUACGUUGUUGCUGCAGCAGAGCGCCUGCUGAAAGAAUACCUGCAGCAGCAGCAGCAGCAGCAGCAACAGCAGCAGCAGCAACAGCAGCAGCAGCACGAAGAGGAACUGCUGGCCCUUGCAUGCGCUGCAAUGCUGCCUGCUGUUCAUCGGGUGUCGCACUUAGUGGAUCUGCAGCUGAGGAAGAUACCGCACCACUUGCAGCAGCAGCAACUGCUGCUGCUGCUGCAGCAACAGCAGCAACAGCAGCAGCAACAGCAGCUAGCACAACUGCCAGAAGGUGAAGCAGGCGCAGCAACGCACAGCGACAUGAACGGAUACAGCGGAAGCAGUUGCUGCAACGGCAGCAGCAGCAACAGCAACACCAACACCAUCAGCAGGAGCAACAGCAACAGCAACAGCAGCAACAGCAGCAGCUGCAACACCAGCAGCAGCUGCAGCAGCAACAACGCAGCGAUCGAUGGCUACGUCAGCACGUCUCAUGCUACCAACCACAGUAGCAGCAACAGCAGCAACAGCAACGGCAGCAGCAGCAGCAGCAACGACUCUUUGUGCAGCGACGCACUGACAGUAGCAGAGACAGACCCCGAAGAAGCAGCGGCAGCAGCAGCUACAGCAGCAGCAGCUACAGCAGCAACAGCUACAGCAGCAGCAGCAGCAACAGCAGGUGCAGCAACAACAGCAGCAGCUACUGCAUCGGCAGCUUCAGCAGUAGCAGUUACAACAGCAGCAACAGCAGCAGGAACUGCACAACCUGGAUUGCUCCCUGUCUGGCGUUGCUGCUGCUGCAGCUGCGCGCAGCUGCAGGCUUACGAUGCAGCAGCAGCAACAGAAGCAGCAGCAACGACAACAGCAGCAGCAACAAUCACGCGACAGAAAGUUGUUGAAUUUGCUGCUGCGCUUCUGGCAGAGCUGCGGAUGUCUUAUGCAGCAAAUGAAGCUUCAAAGCCUACAGCAGCAACAGCAGCAGCAACAGCAGCAGCAGCAGCAACAGCAGAGGCAGAGGCGCUGCAGCUGGCUGCUGCUGCGGAGUCGUUUCUGCGGGCUCACAUCAAAGAAAGACAGGCAGCCCAGCAGCAAGCACAAGCAGCAGCAGCAGCAGCAGCAGCAGCAUCAGGAGAAGCAACCACGGAAGCAGUUACAGCAACUUCUCCCCAUGCUGUUGCUGCUGCUGCUGCUGCUGCUGCUGCUGCUUCAUCUGAGUCUCGAUUUAGUGCGCCUUAUGUUUGGGCCUCAGUGCUGUGGCAGUCGGUGCAGCUGCUGGAGCAGAGGAGACAAUACUGUGCUGCUGUUGAUAGGCUGCUGCUGCUGCUGCAGCUGCGCGAACUCUACGUUAUCCCUGCUGCUGCAGCAGCAGCAACAGCAACAACAGAAGCAACAGCAGAAACAACAGCAGCAACGACAGCAACAGCAAUAACAGCAGCAACAGCAACCGCAGCAGCAGCAAAGAAAGACGAAGAAGCAGCAGCAGCAAAGAAAGAAGAAGCAGCAGCAGCAGCUAAGAAAGAAGCUGCAGCAGCAACAGAAACAAAGCUGACAAUAAAACAAAAGCGAGAAGAAGGCGGGAAGCACUUGGAGGAAACCCAACAGCAGCAGCAGCAGCAGCAACAACAACAACAACAACAACAGCAACAGCAGCAGCAACAGCAGCAGCGGUAUGGGGUGUUUAGACACCGCGUGGGUAAGUGGUACAACCGACUGACUGUGCUGCUGCUGCAGCAUCUGCAGCAGCAGCAGCGAGCAGUAGUUGAAGCAGUCAGAUGCCUCCGCGAGGGGGAGGCUGUAUUUAUAUCAGAGAGACAAGAAGUAGCAAGGAGACUAAUUAAAGCUGCGGUGUCUAUACACCGCAAACGCCUAGCAGCAAACUGGGAGCAGCUGCAGCAGCAAGCGCUACAGCAGCAGCAGCAGCAGCAGCAGCAGCAGGAGCAGGAGAUACUCAGUGACACAGACAGCAGCAACUCGGAUGCAGAAUGCAGCACAGCACGAAGGAGGCGUAAACGAGUUGCUGCGAGCAGCAGCAGCACCAACGACAGCACCAGCUCAUCUGGCAGCAGCAGCGAUAGUGACUGCAGCAGCGACAGCAACAGCAGCAGCAGCAGCAGCAGCAGCAGCAGCAGCAGCAGCAGCACACGCACGAAGCGUGGUACCCCUGUGCGGUCUCCUCCACGAAAGCGUCGGAGAGCUGUACGUACAGCUGGAGGCAAAAAGAGCAGCAGCAGCAGCAGCAGCAAGAGCAGCAGGUCCUAUCAACAGACACAGCAGCAGCAGCAACAGCAGCAGCAGCUUGGGGUUUUAGAUUUGCUGCCAGCGGAUGUGCAUGAGGUGGUGUUGGACGCAUAUGAGGCUCAGCAGCAGCUGCAGCAGCAGCUACCAGUGUGCGUUGUGACGGCUCGCCCUCUUGUUGCUGCUGCAGCAGCAGGCCGCAGCAGCAUUUUUAUUGGCUGGGAUUCGCAGCUGCUGCGAGUUGAGCAGCUAGCGCUGCAGCACUACCAGAUGCAGGGGCAAUGGAGGGGGGUGCAUGAUGAAGGUGCAGCAAUCAGGAGUCUCUUUCUAAUCCUUGCUGCAGCGCAGCAGCAGCAGCAGCAGCAGCAGCUCAUGCUGCUGCAGCAGCUCCAGCACCACCAGCCCACCGGGAUACUUCCCCAAGUUAUCCAGAUGCAUGCACGUAAGGCCGCCACGGUGCAGCAGCAGCAGCAGCAGCAGCAGCAGCAGCAGGAGCAGGAAGAGACAGGGGAGGCCCGAGCAGCAGCAAAUCAAUGCCUUGCGGUAGCAUUCCUCCCAUCAGCAGACCCAUCAGAGCAGCAGAUGCUGCUGCCGGAGCAGCAGCAGCAGCAGCAGCAGUUGCUGCAGCAACUGCAGCGCAGCAGCCGCAGCGAAGUGCGCGCCCUCUUCAAGCAAGCUGUUGCUGAGGUGUAUGGACAGCAAAUAAGAGGAGUCACCUGGGACUGUGGGGCCCUGCAAAGGGGCGAAUAUUCAACAGCUGCUCAGCAGCAGCAGCAGCAGCAGCAGCAGCAGCAGCAGCAGCGGCGGCAGCUGAGCAGUCCGCUUGAUGAAGAAGGGGGUGAGGAGACAGGAGACGAGAUGGAAGAGGGUUUUCAAGCAGCCGAGAGCUUGUUGAUGCAGCAACAGCAGCAGCAGCAGCUGCUGCUGCAACAGCAGCAGCAGCAGGGGCGAGCAGCAGAGUGCGCCGAGUUCUACAGCAGCAUAGCAGCAGCAAUUGGGGGCCCCGCGCUUUCUUUUUUGUUUUGUUUGCUGGCUGAAGAUUACAGAGGCUGGUCCAAUGGUCUCCCAGACCUCCUCUUGUGGAGACCCAAGCAGCAGCAGCGGCAGCAGCAGCAGCAGCAGCAGCAGCAGGAGGAACCGCCGCUGGAGGGAAUGCAGCAAGGGGACCAGCAGCAGCAGCAGCAACAACAACAACAACAGCAAAAAAGAGAAGAGGAGAAGGAGCCGCCACAGACGGCGUUGGUGGAGGAACUGCAACACAGCAAGCGGCAGCAGCAGCAGCAGCAGCAGCAGCAGCAGCAGCAGCAGCAAGAGUGGGAGGUGAUGCUUGUAGAAGUGAAGGGCCCCCGCGAUCAUCUUUCAAAUAAACAAAGGUGUUGGCUGCUGCGGCUGCUGGCAGCAGGCGUGAAGACAGAAGUAUGCAAAAUAGCAGAGCCUGAAACCACUGAACGCAUGCAGCAGCAGCAGCAGCAGCAGCAGCAAAAGCAGCAGCAGGAAGAGCAGCAGCAGGAAACAGAAGGGGAGGAGAAGGCCUCCGCUGAUGCUGCAGCAGCAGCAAAGAGGAAGCAGCGGGGCCGAGGUGCUGCAGCAGCAGCAGCAGCAGCAAAAAAGCAGCAACAGAGACGACCCUCUAAACGAGGUCUUCUAGUUCUGAUGUCUCUGUAG